CCCCCUGCUGGCCUUCAGCAGCCACGUCCUGGACCGGCCGGAGCGGCUAACUGCGACUGCGCCCUCCGAAGCCCGCCGGGACAGUCUGGGUGCUUGGCAAAGCGCUGACCUGGACCGGAAGCGGAAGUGAGGUCGAGUUCGCCUCGCGCGCUUCUCCCACCACAGCCACUCCCAACCCUGAGGGUUGGGUCGCUUUGCGCAAGUGCCGGAAGCGGAAGUUGUUAAGACGUGGGGAAGUUCUUGGGAGAGAGUCGAGUUAUCCUAGCGCUCCGUGUGUUCGCUCUGCGGCAGCCUGAGCAUCAGGUAAAGCGCAUUUGUGAGACCUCGGCAGCCCUGCUAACCGGCCCAAGCCGGAUCCCGACCCCGUAUCCUAGCCUGAGGGGUGUGGUACCCGGUGCUCCGACUCCUUCCUAGGGUCCUGGUGGAGGUACCGGGAGUCGCUUGUCCCUCCCUUGGAGUGAGGCCCCCCGUCCGGCUUCCCGGUGUCGCCGUAGACCUCCGCCAUGGGCAACACGAGCAGCGAGCGCGCUGCGCUGGACCGGCAGGGCGGCCACAAGACGCCCCGAGGGGACAGCUCGGGGGGCUCCAAGGAUGGGGACAGGCCCAAGAUCCUGAUGGACAGCCCCGAGGACGCUGACCUCUUCCACUCCGAGGAAAUCAAGGCUCCGGAGAAGGAGGAGUUCCUGGCCUGGCGGCACGAUCUGGAAGUGAAUGACAAAGCUUCUGCCCAGGCUCGGCCAACUGUGUUUCGAUGGACGGGGGGCGGAAAGGAAGUUUACUUAUCUGGGUCCUUCAACAACUGGAGUAAACUUCCCCUCACAAGAAGCCACAAUAACUUUGUAGCCAUCCUGGACCUGCCCGAAGGACAGCACCAGUACAAGUUCUUCGUGGAUGGUCAGUGGACACACGACCCUUCGGAGCCGAUAGUGACCAGCCAGCUUGGCACAGUAAACAACAUCAUUCAAGUGAAGAAAACUGACUUUGAAGUAUUUGAUGCUUUAAUGGUGGAUUCCCAAAAGUGCUCCGAUGUGUCUGAGCUGUCCAGUUCCCCACCAGGACCCUACCAUCAGGAGCCCUACGUCUGGAAACCAGAGGAGCGGUUUAAAGCACCCCCCAUCCUCCCGCCGCAUCUUCUCCAGGUCAUCCUGAACAAGGACACGGGGAUUUCCUGUGAUCCAGCUUUGCUCCCUGAGCCCAACCACGUCAUGCUGAACCACCUCUAUGCGCUUUCCAUCAAGGACGGAGUGAUGGUGCUCAGCGCGACCCACCGCUACAAGAAGAAAUACGUCACCACCUUGUUAUACAAGCCCACGUGAGGAGCUGGGCGCCCGCCCCGGGCCCCGGGGAGCAGCGUGCACCGCCGGGCUCCACGCGCGCCUGCUUUUCGCUCCACAGGAUGGACUGUAAAUUUCCCCCUUCACGCUCUUCAGAAGACAUUUCCUGCCGCCCUACUCCUACUUGAAGGUUUGUUGCAGACACAGCAGCUCCUGGAGCGCCUCAGUCUGUAACAGUCCUCUUAGCACCCGGUGGCUGUGAGCCCUGGGGCUCAUCAAGGCUGAGGCGGGAGGAGGGGGAGCAGACGGCCUGCACCCCACACCGCAGUGCAGAGGACGGUGCAGGUCUAAACUUACAUCCUCUGAACUGGUCACGGAGACUCUUCUUAAGCCAAAAAGGAACCCGAGCCACUUUGCUGGUGGAAAUCCGGGAAGCAGGUACCGAGGCCGCACAGGAUCUCUCAUCAUGUGUGUGUGUCUUGACCUGUCCCUGCUGAGGCCUGGCUGUGGACCUAACGGCAAGUAUGGUAUUGGUCCUGCCUGUCCUCUGAAUUCAGAGCAAUAGAUCGUCUUCCAUUCCCUGCUCCAGGGAGGCAUAAUUUCUAUAGAAAUUAGAACCUGUCUAAUUUCCAGAUGAAGUUUUACAAUUGUUUCUUACACUUAUGUGCACUAAGUUUUUUUAACCAAAGGUGGCUGACUGUACAACCUUCGGGCAAUUUUUAAAUCACCCCAACUAGACUAUAGAUCAUGUGAACUGUGCUCAGCAAUAAUCUGUUCUCAGAACAGACUUGGAAAACCACGGCCAGAUUUCUCCGCAACACAAAAGGAGGUCCCCCGUGGUCCAGAAGACUGCUAACAGACCCAGGUGAAAGUCUUUAUACCCAAGAAGCUAAAAGCAAUGGAGUUAUUUCAUGGAUAUGGAACAGGAAGCCCUGUUUGGUCCAAAUCACAGGAGCAAAGCCACACUGCAGUGUCCUGUGACCCAGGUAAUGAAGAAAAAGCCUGUACUUUUGGACCUAGAAUCUUAUUUAUGCGAAUAAGCUUUGACUGCAAUUUCGUGUUACGAUAUUUCCUGCUGGCAUCUCGGUAGUCACACGGAGCUCCCCACACGCCAGUGAAGAUGGCUGUCCACAACUACCACCGUUGAAACCAAAACUCAAAAUGUGGAAAUUCCAACAACCCACGCUCAGAAAGCCAGAACUUUGUGUGUGCAGCAGUAAAAUUUGAGAUAAAGCUUGAUUUCAAGAUGUCGAAAUCUGAGCUAUCUUCAUCUUUUGUCAUGUGGCUUUGUGAUAUAGAAGACAAAAAAAAAAAAGAAAUUUCAAGUAAGAGUAUCAUGUUAAGCCGAUUUGUAAUGGAAGAGAAAUUAUAAAGCGUGUCGGGGGCCCAUCGUAAAGCAAGCUCACUGCCCAGAGGAACAAAAGUGGCUCAAGGAAGGCCAUUCGAGAAGUCAGCUUAGGUUGAUGGGAUAAAGGGAACCACUUGUCAUUCUGGGCGGAGCGGGCCAUUUUCCGUCUCCAAAUCCUUUAAUAACCAAUGCUCUACCACGUCAAUUUUAUGUUUGUUUCUUGCAAAGAGUUACAUUUCCUGCUCUGCUAAACAGACUGGGGCAGUGCAGCCUGCAGUGAAUCACAUUCUCCCAAGCUGGCCUUCUGCAUUCUGGACCUGCCCAAAGCAGGCAACAACAAAAAGACGGUUUUAUAAGCCAAGAGACAACUAAAGGAAACUGCUGGUUUUCCAGACAUGCCUGGCAGCAGCAGGAAAUCAACAGCAUUAUUUCUGCCCCUUGUUCACAGGAACUAGAACCAUUUUCCACCACAGGAUAAGUUAACUCCUUACAGAGACACCAUAUCAUCUCAAAAGGAAGGUGCCUGGCCAUCUAACUAACUAGUGAGGCAGUGGAGAAAAGGAAAAAAUCUAAUUACAGUACUUGGGUUGGCUCUUGGUAUGACUGACUUGGAAACUAAAUAAAAUCUAGACAUUGUCAGGAGAGGACUACAGCCCUUUGAGCAGUCACUCCUGAGGCAGGAUCAAGCCAAAAAGAGUGAGAAGCAGCUGGUUAUUCAGCACUUCUGGUUUCCCAGUAAGUUCCUGGGACUAAAAUCACACUGACCAAACAUUUCUGACCAACACUUACAUUUCAACAAAAGAAAGAGACACUACUGUUAGGACACAGUCUCAGAACAUUAAAUUGAUGACUCUCUUUUCUAAGAUCUAAGCAGCAUUUCAUAACAUUAGAGGUGGUUCCUCCACCAAACUGAGUCCCUUGAGAAUAAAAACCAUCUUGUCUUCAGCUGUGUAGCCCCAGACAUUGUGUCUGACAAAUGGUGGGGGUCCACAUAACUCUUUAUAGGGUAGGCAUGUGGGGUUUGUAAACCAGUCCACAAAAUUAAAACCCUAGGUCAAUUAAAUAUUCCCCUGGGUUAAAUAAGCUUAUCUCCUUUGUGGACCAGGAUCUUAAAAUUAAUUACACAUCUCAAACCUGCACAUCAAACCGAAUCUGGCUCCAAGCCCUGGGUGUCGAGACAAAGCCAGUCCCACUUCCACACACUGCUGGUGGGACAACUAAAGGGUACAGCCUCUGAGGAAGAAAACUCAGCAACAUCUAUCAAAAUUACCAACGCCCAUCAAUUCCUUUUCUAGGAUCAUCCCCCAGAUAGAUUCCUAAGCAUGCAAAAUGAAUGCACAAAGUCAUUUACUACAGCAACAGACUGGAAACAACCCAAACAUCCACUGAUAAAGGAGCAGUUAGUUAAAUAAGGUAUAGUCAUGGGAACGAAUGCUAUGCAGUUGUAAAAAGAAAAAAAACGAAUGAAGAAAUACUUGGGAUACUGACGUGGAGCAAUCUCCAAGACCCAGAAGAGUGUGUGCGGUGUGCCCUCCGUCGCCUGUACCGAGAAGAAGGGGAAGAGCACUUCCAGGUUGGCAGGGUAAGGACUCCCGAAAACCCGUGUCUCCAUAGCAACAACAAGAACACUGGCAAAAGUGUCAAAAUCAACUUUUUGGAACUCUGGAAAUUAACCAAAGUCUUGCAACAAUUCAAAGAGUGUUUAUGCAAGAAAAUGUGCAAUAUUCACCACCCCUGUCUCCCCAGAUCUGCAGUAGUUUUGAAACCAACAGCCUUGUAACCAGCUGUGAAAGCCAGCACCCUGGUAACCACUGGAGGGAGUACAUUAGGACUCGAGCUUCCCAACAGCCCCAGCCUCAGAAAAUUGUCACUAUCUGACUUCCCUGGAAAAAGACCAUCCUCGGGGCUUGUUUUUAAUUGAGCUGAUUCAGGUCUUCCUCUAGAGAAAUGCCCUAUCUCUAGACAUUUACCAAAAAAAAAAAAAAAAAAAAUCAAUGGCUACUGUUGAACAUGGCAAAUGCCUGAGGCAGUAAGACCAGUUGGGGGAAACAAGAGGCUAGCUACAACACUCAGAAGGAAGUCCUGCAUAUUCCUGGGGAUAUGUAAGGACACGCACGCACACACACACACACGUAAGCCUGUCACAUACCCAGGAAAAACCUAGAAGGCCUCAGUCUGUCAGCCACAGCUGACUGAGUGCUGAAGGUGUGCCCCAAAACACACAAACACACGGUCGCUCAGCAAAGGGUGGGUUCAGUGCAUUUAAGAAAAUCUCUUUCUAGUCAUUCAGCCGACCACUACCCUACCCAAGCAGGAACUUCAAUGGCUGCACAUAACAAAGGACAGACUGCAGAAUUAGUACAAGAGUCACUAAACAGAUAGCGGCGACAACACACCCAGGGAGGGGAAGGGGGCGCUGCCACACUGUGUUAUUUGAAAUGUUCAGUUUUCAACAAGAAAAAAUUUACAAGACAUUCCAAGCAAGAGUAAGUAAAUAAAUAAAGUAUAGCCCAUACUCAAGGCCUCGUUUCUUCUUUUA